AUGAGCGAUCAAAGGAGUAAAACCAAUAGGUGGAACUGGGAGGUGAGUGGAUUCGAACCGAGGAAGUCGUCUUCGAAUGCAUCCUUUGAGGAGACUAGUCACCGUACGACUGGUCCACUGGUUCGUCGGAACUCGAUUUCCACGGCUUCUCUUCCGCCUCACUCCUCGUUGCUCCCGAAGAAGCAAGCGCUUGCUUCUAAGGUUAACGGAUUAAAGGAGAAAGUUAAGGUGGUUGCAAUUUCGUCUGGAGUGGCACUUACGGUUCACGUAUGUGUGAGCUGGCUUUUUGUGUACGGUCUUAAACUGGGAGUCAUAGGGACUAUGGCUACAAUUAACGUGUCAUGGUGGCUCAAUGUUUUCAUCUUAUUUACUUACAUCACUUGCGGCGGUUGUCCGAUCACUUGGCCCGGUUUCUCAAUCGAAGCUUUCACUGGACUAUGGGAAUACGUUAAGCUUUCUGUCUCCUCCGGAAUCAUGAUUUGCUUGGACAAUUGGUAUUAUAAGAUCUUAAUUGUGAUGACUGGAAAUCUGAAGGAUGCAAAAAUUGCUAUCGACUCUUUGUCUAUAUGCAUGUCGAUAGAUGCUCUGGAGAUGAUGAUUCCUUUUGCUUUCUUUGCCGCAACCGGCGUACGAGUGGCGAAUGAAUUAGGAGCAGGCAACGGAAAAGGAGCAAGAUUUGCAAUGAUCGUAUCAGGCGUGUGGGCUGGUAUGAUACUUGGCGGAACCGCGAUUCAGACGUUGAUACUGAUUUUUAUUACUAUGAGAUGUGACUGGGCAAAAGAGGCACAGAAAGCAAGCGUGCGUGUUAAAAAGUGGUCCGGCUCGGAAGCAAGAAAUUGA